AUGCUCGGCUUUACUUUAACACGGAGGAGGAAACAUCCAAGCUUCGGAGUGAGUACAUUCAUUUCCGUAGCACUGCUCGUUACGAUUUUGGCAUAUCUUUUGGUUGAGCCAUCUCAUCAAGGACCAAUCGUAGGCAUUGAUCUUGGCUCGAGAUGGUUGAAAGUUGGUAUUGCCAAGUCUGGUUCUCCAAUUGAUUUAGUACUCAACGAACAAUCUAAACGCAAAACUUCAAAUAUCAUUGGAUUUAGAGGACAAGACAGGUACAUCGGAGAAGCUGGAUAUACCAUGGUUGCUCGUUUCCCUGACAAGAUGUUGCGUUUUUUAAAUUUUGUACUUGGAAAGAGUUAUGACUUGGAACUCAAACAGACUUGGAGUCGCUACAAUGAAUUGAAGGUUCCAGUUACGCUAGUGAAGAAUGACGCUCGAGGAACUGUGGAUGUCAAAUUUUCAAACGAUGUUAUAUAUUCACCUGAGGAACUUCUCUCCAUGAUUUUCUUGUAUAUCAAACAAUUAGCAGAUGACGGAAAGAGUGCAGCUGUCACUGAUGCCAUUGUAUCAAUUCCACAUUUUUUCACAAAGUUGCAACGACAGGCGAUUUUGGAUGCUGCCGCCAUUGCUAAUAUCAAAAUAUUAGCAUUAAUGCACGACCAUACUGCCACUGCUUUACAAUAUGGAAUUAAGAGUGCCAAAACCAUUAAGGAAUUGACCAAACCACGCCAUGUCGCCUUGUUCUACGAUAUUGGCUCAGUUAGUACUACUGUGAGUGUUGCUGAGUAUACCCAGAGCAAAGAGAAGACCUCCCUUGGAAACAUCAAGGUAUUGGGUUUUGCAUCUGACGAAAACUUGGGUGGUGUUCAUUUUGAUAAUGUAUUGGCAGAUUAUUUUGCUGAAAAAUUCAUUGAAAAGUACAAGGCCGAUCCUAGAAAGGAAGUUAGACCAGUCACACGACUUGUUGAAGAGUCUCAAAAAAUCAAACAAAUCCUUAGCGCAAAUAAUGAUGCCUAUCUCUCGAUUGAAAACUUGUACAAUGACCGCGAUUUGUCGCUCAGGAUUACUAGAGAAGAAUUUGAAAAAUUGAGCGAACCAUUACUCAAUAGACUGGCUAAACCUAUAACAGCUGCGUUGGCUAUGGCCAAUUUAACGUUGGAUGACAUUGAUGCUUUUGAAAUGUCUGGAGGAUCUUCUAGAAUUCCAGCAGUUCAAGAUAGAAUUUCUAAAUUUGUAGGAUCCAAGUUAACCUUGGGAUAUAGUCUUAACGCUGAUGAAGCAAUCGCUAUGGGCUCUAGUUUUUAUGGUGCCAUGCUCUCUCCAUCAUUCAAGGUUACUGCAUUCAAAAUUGUUGAUAUCGUUCCACACAAGGUUGAUUUCCUGUUGUCGGGAAAUGACAAAGAAAUGAACCUUUUCAAUCACAAGGAUGAAAUUGAUGCAAAGAAGACAAUCACUGUUCCCAGAACGGAUGACUUUACAAUUACUCUCAAGUACGCUCCAGAAUAUCUUCCAUCUGGUUUCGCAGCUGAACAUGCUACCUUUGCCACUUAUGAAAUCACUGGAGUUGGUAAGGCCAUGUCCAAUUGGACCUUUGAAGAUGAACGUGGAAAGAAGAAGAAGGUUAAGGCAACAUUCAAGGUCAACAAGUUUGGUUUGCCUGAAUUAGACUCCGUCAAUGCCAUUCUCGAAGAAACAAUUACCGUGAGAGUUGAUAACGCCAAUGACACCAAAAACGGAAAUGAAACAGCAAAGGCCGAACCAGUUUAUAAGAAGGACACACGAGUUACAAAGGUCGCUCUCGAUGUCAAGCUUAUUGACAAUUCUGUGAUCAAGCCACUCACUCCAGAGCAAUUAAAGGCAUCUCAAGAAAAGGUGAAACAAGUUGAAGAUUUUGAGGCUUUGAAGAGAAGAAUUUCUGCAGCAAGAAACAAUUUGGAAUCUGCGCUAUACUCUACCAGAGAGAAGUUGCUUGAGAACGUAGACUAUAAGGGCUUUUUCACUCUCAAGGAAAAGGAUGACAUUAACUCUGUCAUUGAUGAACUCGAAGUAUGGCUCAGUGAGAAUGAUGACGAAGGAAUUGUUGAGCCAUCUCGAGUGGAUCUCUUUAAAUCCAAGCUCAAGACUCUCACCGAUUUGACUGACCCCAUUCAAGAUCGAUUGCGUGAGCAUAAGGGAAGAAAAGAAGCACUCAAGUAUUGUAAGAGUGUUUUCAAUGCCACCAGCUAUACUAUUCACUACAUGAGAGAACAUCAAAAACAUAUCACGGAAGAGGAAUUGAGCGAGCUUAACCAAUUUAACAAGGAAACUGAGAUGAACAUUACCACCAUUCUUGCCAAGCAGGAUAGAACUCCACUCUAUGAACCACCAACAAUUCUUGCAGCAGAUAUUAAGAAGCAAUGUACUAGGGUUUCUGAACGAGCUUUCUUGUUAUCAAAGAAGCCCGUUCCAAAACCUGAAAAAUCUGCAGCAAACGAAACCACCAUACCAGCCACUAAUGAAGAGACAAAGACUGAGGAAAGUAGUACUGCAGACUCACAGGAACAAUCAGAACGAACAACAGAAGAACAAAAGAAGAAGGAUGAAUUGUAA